UCUUCUCUUCUUCAUACAUACAUUCACAUAAUCUCUGUAAUUAGCAUAUCAUAUCAUAGCAUGACUCCACCUCCUCCUAGUAGUCAUCAACCUCCGUUUUUCACCCCUAAUUAUACGUUUAAUUAUUACUAUCCACCAAUGGGAUUUCUACAACCACCUUCAUCGUUUUUCAUUUAUACUACUACUACUACUACUACUACUACUACUAAUUAUAGUUACUAUCCUUCACUGGGAUGUCUACAACCAUCUUCUUCAUGUGUUCCUCCACCGUUUCUUCCUUCGUCAUCUUCUUCUUCUUCAGUUGUUCGUCCACCUUCACCACCGUUUGUUCCAUCGGCCUCACCAAUUCUAUCACUACUACGAGAAACACAAGAAUUGAGAAACAACAUUCUUAACCAAAUCGAAUACUACUUCAGCGAUGAUAAUCUUGCUAAAGAUGUUCAUCUAAAACAAUAUAUGGACGACAACGGUUGGGUUCCCAUUAUUUUGAUUGGCAGUUUUCCACGAGUUGCUGAGCUAACACAAGACAUUGGACUUAUUUUGUUUACGUUGAUUUCAUCUUCACAAACGGUCGAAGUUGAGGGAAGGAAAGUGAGGCGACGCAUUACUUGGAACAAAUGGUUACUUGACGCCACCAUGCGAAUGCAGCAGCGGUGGGCUGACGAUCUAUGAAGAUAGCUGCUAGGGACACUGAUACGGGCCGCUCGGCGCCCCAUCCAUCACCUCACAAGCCCGAGCAUUACUUAGAGAGAUGAAUAUCUAUUUGAUAUAUAUUAUGUACCAUCUCUCUUUAUCUGAGAGAUAAAGGAUCAACUAA